AUGCAGGCCCCUAGUGAUCACCCGGCCUCUGGCCCCAGUGAUGGUGAGGACACCAACGCCCGCCACCGGGCCAAGAUGUCUGAACCCCUAACCCUCAAAGGGGAUGCGGUGGCUCCGCUGGAGCAGCUGGACUCGGAGGAGUUCCACUCACUCCUGGACGCCACCAUGUCACGGUCGGUCACCCAAGCGAUUUAUUCUGCAAUGGGGGCAAUGUCCGACAACCUCUCUCACUCCAUCACUACUGCUAUUAAGGCAUCCACCUAUUUGCCCCGCGCUAGAGCCGUGGCAGACGGGUCAGUACGCAGGGAAGGCCGGAAGGCCAUAAGCAAAACCCAUCACGUGCAAACUCCUACCUCCAAAAAAGAAUUGACGGACAGGGUACGUCCUGUCACCGCUGAGGUCGUGGGGCCCCCACGAAAGAGAGCCACCCGCCGGGCAAAAGCGGCGCGGACAUGGAAGAGGGCAAAAGCCCUGUCAGAUUCUUCCGACACUGAUUCGGAUAGUGAGGAGGUUUUGAACGAGUCAGACGAGAUCGACUCAAAUGAAUGGGAGGUCUCCUCCCCGGACCAUAGUCCGCCACGAGAUCCAAAUACCCUAAGGUAUGAUGACGCGGAUUCGUCCGCCAUUUUGGAUCCACAGGGCGAACCUCUGUUCGAUCCCGAUACAUUACAAAAUCCUAGGUCAGCGGAGUGGUUCCCAGCUGAGCAUGUGGCAUGCUACAUAGCAGCCAGAAUCCGUAAGCCUUUAGAUAAGGCCACCAGGAACAAACUGCGGGCGGAAUGCCCACGGCCAACAGUCCCCGACAUGGCCUCUGCCACGCCGGAUAUAGAUCCCAAGGUAGCGCAGUUCCUGGGAAAAACUGGCUGGAAGGCAAAGAAGGGACUUGAUUAUUCCCUGCGCCACUGCCAGGACAAAGUACUCGAUACACUCGGCCCUAGUGCCAAAAUUUUUGAACUGGUUGAAGCAGCCUUAACUGAGGGGACACCGUUAGACUUGCUAGCCAUUAGAGGCUGGGCCCAGAGAUCCAUUUGCCUCAUCGGCAACGCUAAUGCUGCGCUAGCCACUGAGCGGCGCAAAACCAUCCUUAUGAAAAUCGAGCCCAAGCUCGUAAACAUGGCCCUCACCGAACCGGGACCACAAGCCAAAGGUCUCCUAUUCGGGGACAAUUUUGUUAAGGAGUUAAGCACUUACGUGAGUACGUUUACGGCCCUAGACAAGGCACAGACAAGCAUAAAAAGAGUGUUCUCUCCCAGAGUUUUUGGUGGGGCCGGCAGACACCGGGGCCGUCUGCCCGGCCGUUCAUCCCGCGGUUCAUACCGGGGAUACCGAGGUCCCGCUACGGCAAGAUUUCAGCUGCCAGAAAACAGAGCACCCUCGCCCUUUUUUCCGGUCAGAGGCAGACCAUGGCAACCUCGAGGAAACAGAGGCACCUCAUACAGCCGACGGCCUUAUGGUGAGUGCAAUACCUUUCCCCUCCCCGAGUAUACACAGCGUAGGGGGCAGACUGUUACACUUUAUAGAGGUCUGGCAACACUUGACAACAGACUCUUGGGUUCUAAAUACUGUCUUAGGGUACCGCAUAGAGUUCGUACAACCCCCUGUCCAAACUGCCUGGCCACACCGAAUAGCGUUCUCCUCACACGACUGGGACCUGGUGGCCAAAGAGAUCCUCUCACUCCGAGAAAAAGGCGCAAUAUUUCAGGUUCCCUCACCCUUCCCGGGGUUCAUGAGCAACCUAUUCCUGGUACCCAAGAAGGGAGGCGGACUGGAUGGUCAAACUAGACCUGCAGGACGCCUACCUCACGAUCCCUAUAGCGGAAGAAUGUCACCACCUACUCCAGUUCCAAUGGGAAGGAGCGGCAUGGAGAUUCCAAUGCCUGCCCUUCGGACUCUCAUCAGCCCCUUGGUGCUUCACCAAGCUCCUAAAACCAGUGGUCGCGUUAUUGCGCAGCAGAGGCAUACGAAUGAUCAUAUAUCUGGACGAUAUGCUGCUCAUUGCGCACGAGGCCUGCCAACUCCGACAGCAUCUAUCCUGGGCACUGACCCU